GUAUAUUUUAAUAAAUAUAUUUUCUACCCAAAAUAAUAAUAUAAUCAGAAAUGGAUAUUAUAGCUACUCAUGAUCGUGCAGUUUCUACAGAAACACUUAGUGAUAAAUCUAAGGAGUUCAGGGAUUUAGCCCAGAAAUCUGUUUCAUCCAGUGAAGUGAUCAAAACUGAAAAGAAAAAAUCUGAAAGCAAAAAACUAAAAAAGAAAUUAAAUGAAAUUGAGGAACAAAAUGAAUCUUUAACAAAAUCAAUUAAUGAUAAAAAUAACGAAAUAUUGGAACUAAGAAAAUCGGUGAACUCCCUAAAUGAGGUACUAAAUUCUGUGCCCAUUGAUGAACUAAGAAGUAAUUCAUCGAUUGCCAGUGCCAAGCUAUUGGAGCUGAGUAAGAAAAAUCGUCAAUUAAGAGCAGAAUUGGAGGUAACAAAAAAUCGUUUGGCCCGGAAAGAUCAACAAGUGCAAAAAUUGGAAAAAGAUCUGCAAGAAAAAUCGCAACAUAAUAAGGAAUAUUGUGAAAAACAGACCUCAGCUUCCAUUGAGGAAAUGCAAUCAAAACUCAGUGCCGUAAAGCAAAAAUUGUUCGAAACUCGCAACAAAAAUGUGGAAUUAAAUUCACAAUUGAAAUUGGCUCAAAAGUGUUUGCAACAAGAAAUAGGAGAGAAUUUCAAUUUAAAUUUAUUAGUGGGGCAAGGUAGUUCCUCUAAUUGGCGAGGACGUGCCCAACAGAUUUUACAUUUGCAGCAAAAGGUCAAGGAAUUGCAAGAUAGAUUAGAAAAUAAGGAUCAACAUGAAAUAGAUAAUGGUAGAAACUUGGAAUUUGUUACUUCUCCUCUAUGUUGUAGUGCUAGUUUUGGCUCCAUUGAACGUCCUAGUGUUAGAAAAACUGAAAUACAGCAUCGAGCCAAAGUUGAUACGUUAGAAAAAGAAAUUGCCAAUUUAAAAUCGGAAAUGGAGGAGCAACGCUCUAAAAUUUUAGCUUUAAAAGUGCGCAACAAAACUUUAAAUGAUGAAAUCUUACAUUUCAAAAUGCAUUCUAGUACGCUAAAGGAACAAACGGAAUUUAAUAAUAUUAAUGUGGCCACUAUGAAUGAGAGAAUAAAUCAGCAGAAAUCAUACUAUGAAAAACGUUUAGACGAAAUGUCUAAGGACAAAGAUAAGUUACUUAAAGAGAUGAAAGAAAUGGCAAUUAACAAGGACCUUUUAGAGGAAAGGAUAAUGGAAUUAGAAAAUUGUGUAAUAAAAAAAGAUGAGUCCAUAGAAGAAUUGAAUUUACUGGUUAAAAAGUUAGAACAAGAUUUAAAGGCCAUUUGUGGUGACUUUUUAUUCUCUUGUAGGGAAUUUAAAAAGGAAGAAUUUAUUACCAUUUUGGAUACUUUGGAAGCCGAAAAGAACUCCUUAUUAGAUCACAACAAAACACUUAAUGAGCGGGUAACUCAGGAACGUAAUAAAAAUGAUAAUUUAAUGGAACAAGUGUCAAAACAAAAAGUACGUAUUUCUCGCCUGGAAGCAAAAGUUCGCGAUAUGGAACGUGAAUUGGAAAUGCAAAGCGAAAAAAAGAAACGUUCACAGCGUAUAGCAGAAUACACGGCAAAUUUAAGCUCUAUGGGUAGCAACUCCUCAAUAAGUUCCUUUACGUUCGAGAAUACUGGUGUAACAGUUACAUCCAGUAAACAUAUAAACGAUUUAUUGCCUGAGGAAGAUCUUAAGGAUUUAAAUAAUCGUCUUGAACUAGCCACAGAGAAGAUGUCCAUGCUUAAGGAAAAACUUGAUUAUAUUACUGCGGAAAAGGAGCAUGAUAUUAAAACUUUUCAGGAAAUUAUUACGAAUUCGAAAAAUAUUUUAGUGGAAACUAUUUUAGCUCAUCGCCAUAGUAAUACUAGUGUGAAUCUUUAAUAGAUAGUUUAAUUCAGUAAAAUUUAAAAUUUGCAGUAAUUUUUUAAAAUUAUAUACCUGAGAGUUUAUG